AUGGCAACCUUUGCCAUGUUCCUGAAUGUAUUCGAACACCGCUACGAGAUAAGAUCAUCGACUGCCAUUUUCUGCUACUAUCUCCUCUCACUCAUCGCUGGAUCCAUCACCACCCGCACCCUCAGCGAAGUGUCUUCAGGGUCAACCACGACAACGACAACACUUUACUACGUCUAUCUCGGACUCAUCAUCAUCGGAUUUAUCAUUGAAGCAUGGCCACGCGGGAAGACACAAGUCCAGCAGAAGAGCAAUGCCAGCUCGUACGAGAAAGCCAACAUCUUUUCGCGGUUUCUAUUUCACUACCUCCAACAUCUCAUUACCGACGGCUACAAGCGUCCAUUGCAGGCCACGGAUGUCCAGGGGAUGAUGCCUCCACAUGUCAAGACCCAGUUCUCGUAUACCCAUCUCUCGCAGAAGUGGGACAGGCAUGUUGCUAAGCGAGUAGCCAAGGGUAAGAGGCCAUUUCUGUUCGGACUGAUCUUGAAGUCGUUUGGCGUUCGGCAGUGGGCCUACGUCGUGUUCCUCAGAAUCUUGGCAUCUGGCCUGGCAUUUGUGGCUCCCCAGCUGAUGAGCACACUGCUGGAUUUUGUCUCUUCAUACGAUACUGAAACUCCUCAGUCGGCGGCUCUCGGGAUCAUUUUGGCGUUUGGGAUGUUCUUUUCGACAAUUGGUAGCUCGAUCAUCGACGGACAGUUCAACCAGCGAAUCGUGGUUAUGGGCAUCGAGGUCCGCACGGCACUCGUAUCGAUGAUCUACCGCAAGGCCCUGAAGCUAUCACCAGUCGCCAAGCAAACAGAAACACCUGGAGAGAUCAACAACUAUAUGUCAGUGGACUGUGAGCGUUGGAACCAUGCCUUCCCAGAGUUGCCGUUCUGGUUCUCGAUUCCUCUGGAGAUCUGUAUCGCGACGUGGCUGUUGUACCGUCAGUUGGGGUGGUCAAGUUUUGGAGGCGUGGGCGCAGUUGUUUUGGUGAUGCCUAUUCAGCUGUGGAUUGCGAAGCGUCUGUCCAGGGCCAGGGAUGAGAAACUCACUGCGAUGGAUAACCGCAUUCGUCUGAUUAACGAGGUGUUGUCUGGUGUCAAGAUCGUCAAGUUGUACGGCUGGGAAUCGUCCUUCCGUGAUAAGAUCGCCGUAUUCCGUCAACUGGAGUUGGCGAUUCUUCACACGAUUGGAGUCAUCUUCUCCUACAUGAACAUCCUGUUCAGUUCGAUGACACUCCUCAUGGCCCUGGUGUCUUUCGGUCUUUAUGCUACCGUUGGCGGACCAGGCUUCACGCCAGGGGAGAUCAACUCUCAGACCAUCUUUGUCUCGAUCACAUUGUUUGGACUUGUCAACCGACCGAUUGGGAUGAUCUCGUACAUUAUGGGUGACACCAUAGGACUCUAUGUGUCGUCUCGUCGUAUUCAGGGCUACCUGUUGGCUGAGGAGUUGUUGGAUGAUCAGAUCGACAGGUCGGGCGAGUUGCCGCAGGAUCAUACUGUGGCUCCUAUUGAGAUUCAGGGUGCCACUUUUGGUUGGAACAAGGAGCAACAACAACAACGGCAGCAAAUUGACACUACCGAGGAUGCAACCAAAGGUUCAGCAUUGUCCUGUGCGGAUGCUACGCUUAGGAACAUCACAAUAUCUGUCGACCGUGGUAACCUCACAGCCAUUGUCGGUCGUGUUGGUCAGGGCAAGACCUCUCUAUUCGGUGCCAUGAUCGGAGAUAUGUACAAGUGGAAGGGUACCAUCAGGAUGUCUGGCCGGAUCGCCUAUGUCCCUCAGCAAGCAUGGAUUGUCAACGCGACUUUGCAGGACAAUGUCACUUUUGGAGCACCCUUCGACAAGAUCAAGUAUGAGCGGAUCAUCUAUGCGUCGGGACUGAAGCCCGACAUUGAGAUGCUCCCAGCCGGCGACCAGACCGAGAUCGGAGAGCGUGGAAUCAAUUUGUCGGGAGGACAGAAGCAACGAGUCUCUCUCGCCCGUGCUGCCUAUCAGGAUGCCGACAUCUACCUUCUGGAUGACCCUCUCAGUGCAGUCGAUGCGCAUGUUGACCAGCACUUAUGGCAGAACUUGAUCGGGCCUAGAGGGUUGUUGAAGGAUAAGACGCGUCUUUUGGUCACCCACGGCAUUCAUCAUCUGAGCGAGGUUGACCAAAUCGUGGUUAUCAAGGACGGUGAGAUCAGCGAGACCGGCCGGUACCAGGAGUUGAUCGACGCCAGGAACGCCUUCUACCAGCUUAUCCAGGAUUAUUCUGUCGCCCGCAAGGAAAUGGAUGAGGCCAACGGUGAGGCGGAGACUAUUUAUGAAGUCGAGAUUAGCACCUCGUCUGCUGCUCACGAGGUCAAGGCUGAGAAAGUAGAGAAGGCGGACGAAAAUGCUGACCUUACGGAUGAGGAAGCUAUGGUGGUUGGAAGCAUCCAGUGGCCCAUUUACAAAAUCUUUACCAAAGCCGCUGGAUACCGGAAUAUGCUCCAGGCAGUGGCGUUGUUUGUUGUGAUCCAAGGGUGCCAAAUCGGAACCAAUAUCUGGCUCCAGAGCUGGAUCAAGGUGGCAGCGACAUCGACUCACGGGAUCGGAUACUACAUGGGAAUCUACAGCAUCCUGGUCAUCAUCUUCAUGGUCCUCAUCUUUUGCGCCUCCUACAAGAUCAUCGUCAUGGCUUGUGUCCAAGCCGCCGACCGUCUCCACUCCAAGCUCCUCACUAGUAUCCUCCGCAUGCCCAUGAACUUUUUUGAUACCACCCCGAUCGGUCGUGUCCUCAACCGGUUCUCCUCGGAUAUAUUCAGUAUCGAUGAGAUGAUCUGCUGGACAUUUUUUGACAUGUUCAUGUUUGGCUUCUCAGUCCUUGGAAGUCUGGUCGUCAUUGCGACGACUACGCCGGUGUUCUUGGCGAUUGUGCCACCCGUAUUUGUGACAUAUGUCUUUGUCAUGUCGUAUUAUAUCGCCGCUUCCCGUGCAUUCAAACGCAUCGAGUCUGUUGCAAGGUCACCCAUGUACCAGCACUUCUCCGAGACCCUGUCUGGUGUGUCGACGAUUCGGGUUGUUGGUUGCAGCCAGCGGUUCAUUGACGAGAAUGCGUCUAGGUCUGAUGACUCUUCAAACGCCCACUUCGUCUGGGCGAUGGGAAACCGGUGGCUGAACGUUCGACUGGAGUGUCUGGGCUCUGUCAUUGUUCUCGGCGCGUCGGUGUUUGCAGUCUUGGCCAGGAAGACUCUCAGCCCCAGUAUGGUAGGAAUGUCGCUGUCGUACGCAUUGACAGUCACUCAGGACAUCUCGUGGUUGGUCCGUGGCAUGUGCGAGUCUCAGUUCCAUUUGGUCGCUGUUGAGAGGAUUGACGAAUAUACCAAGAAGAACCAAGAAGCUCCCAACGUCACUGACGUCGCCCUCCCUAAGAACUGGCCUGCAGAGGGACACCUCUCGUUUAAGUCUUACUCGACUCGCUACCGUCAGGGUAUGGAUCUGGUGCUCAAGAAGGUGUCGUUCGAUGUUCUGCCUGGAGAGAAGGUUGGCAUUGUUGGAAGAACUGGUGCCGGAAAGUCUUCUUUGACCUUGGCCCUGUUCCGUAUCAUUGAAGCCGCCAACAGCCACUGGGCCAAGGCUAGCCAUAAUGGCGCCGACAUGGACGAGGAUCCCGCCAAAGCCGCCGAGGUCACCGAUCUGGAGAAGGUCGAAGUCGAGGAGGAUGGCGGAUCAAUCUGGAUCGACGGUAUCGAUAUCUCUACUGUCGGUCUGGAGACUCUCCGUCAACACCUUGCUAUCAUCCCGCAAGACCCCACGCUGUUUGUCGGCACUGUCCGCGAGAACCUAGAUCCCUUCGAUCAGACACCCGACUCAGAGCUGUGGGAGGCCCUCGAGCGCGCUCACUUGAAGGAAUAUAUUUCGUCAAUGGCUGGUGGACUGUCGUACGAAGUGACUCAGAACGGCGACAACUUUUCGGUUGGUCAGCGAUCAUUGAUCUGUCUGGCCCGUGCACUUCUCCGUAAGGCCAAGAUCCUGGUCCUUGAUGAGGCGACUGCUGCUGUUGAUGUUGAGACAGACGAGCUGAUCCAGAGGACGAUUCGGGAGGAGUUCAAGGACCGGACGAUUUUGACGAUUGCCCAUCGGAUUAAGACUGUCAUGGAUUCCGACAAGAUCCUAGUGCUGGAGAAGGGGCGCGUUGAGGAGUACGAGUCCCCAAGCGAGUUGUUGAAACGCAAAGAAUCGUUGUUCUAUAGACUGGCGGAGCAGGCUGGGGAGGUCGCAUCAGUUUAG